UCUCCUAACAGUUGGUCUCUAAUCAUUGGCCUCCUUGUGGUCGUCGCGCUCAGUAUAGCUGCGUGGGUGCUGAGCCCCAAAGGCGAGAACCAGACAGUGUGGCGAUCAACGCUCGUAUUGUCGUUCGCAAGUUGUUAUAUCAUGUGGGCCAUCGUCUUCUUAGCCCAAUGGCACCCGCUCAUCGAGCCGAAGAUGGGCAAGCUGCGGCCG